AUGCCGAACUUCACUGUGGAUCAGAUGCGCACCAUCAUGGAUAAGACGGAUAACAUCCGCUCCAUGAGUGUCAUCGCCCACGUGGAUCACGGCAAGUCCACCUUGACAGACUCCCUGAUCUGCAAAGCGGGCAUCAUCUCGGCGAAGGCGGCAGGUGACGCGCGCUUCACAGACACCCGAGCAGACGAGCAGGAGCGAGGUGUGACCAUCAAGAGCACUGGGGUGUCCCUUUACUUCGAGCAUGAUGAGGAGGAUGGCAAGGGCCCGGUGGCUCACCUGAUCAACCUGAUCGACUCUCCCGGCCACGUCGAUUUCUCCUCGGAGGUGACUGCUGCUCUGCGAAUUACCGAUGGCGCCAUGGUCGUUGUCGACUGCAUCGAAGGCUGUGCUGUACAGACAGAGACUGUGCUGCGUCAGGCCCUGCAGGAGCGAGUGAGGCCUUGCCUGUUCGUGAACAAGGUCGAUCGCUGCAUCCUUGAGCUGCAAAUGGAAGCCGAGGACAUGUACUCCCGCUUCCGAAAUGCCAUUGAGAACGUGAACGUGAUCAUUGCCACCUACAAUGACGCCUUGAUGGGUGACGUGCAGGUGACCCCUGAGAAGGGCACCGUGGCCUUUGGAAGUGGCCUCCACGGAUGGGGCUUCACAACAGAGCGGUUUGCCAAGAUCUACGCCACAAAGAUGGGUGUCGAGAAGGAGAAGAUGAUGCAGCGCAUGUGGGGUGACUCCUUCUUCAACGCCAAGAAGAAGGUGUGGACCAACGUGAUGCAGCCAGAGGGCUGCACCGAGCCGCUGCAGCGUGCCUUCUGCCAGUUCAUCAUGGGCCCCAUCAAUCAGCUCAUGCGUGCCAUCAUGAACGAUGACAAGGAGAAGUACGAGAAGAUGAUGGGAACGCUGGGCAUUGUGCUGAAGGGCGAUGAGAAGUCCCUGACCGGGAAGCCUUUGAUGAAGCGAACCAUGCAGAUCUGGAUCAACGCCGCCGACACCCUGCUGGCGAUGAUUGUGACCAAGUUGCCUUCCCCUCGGGCUGCGCAGAAGUACCGUGUGGAGAACUUGUACGAAGGUCCCAUGGACGAUGCAGCGGCCAACGGCAUCCGCACCUGCGACCCAGCCGGUCCUUUGAUGAUGUAUGUGUCGAAGAUGGUGCCCACUUCGGACAAGGGCCGCUUCUACGCCUUCGGCCGCGUGUUCUCUGGCACCAUCGCCACUGGACAGAAGGUCCGAAUUCAGGGCCCGUACUACAAGCCGGGCAGCAAGGAGGACCUGCACGUGAAGAACAUCCAGCGCACCGUUCUGAUGAUGGGCCGCACCACUGAGCAGAUCCAGGAUGUGCCCUGCGGAAACACCGUGGCACUGGUUGGCGUUGACCAGUACAUCCUGAAGUCUGGCACCAUCACCACCCUGGAGGAUUCUCACAACAUCGCUGACAUGAAGUACAGCGUGUCCCCUGUCGUGAAGGUCGCCGUGAAGGCCAAGGAUGGAAAGGACCUGCCGAAGUUGGUGGAGGGCUUGAAGAAGCUGUCCAAGUCCGAUCCCCUGGUUGUGUGCACGACUGAGGAGAGCGGAGAGCAUGUGAUCGCAGGCUGCGGCGAGUUGCACGUCGAGAUUUGCUUGAAGGACCUGAAGGACGAGUAUGCUCAGUGCGACUUCAUCGUGUCCGACCCUGUGGUGUCCUACCGAGAGACGGUGAGUGAGACGUCUGGCCAGACGUGCUUGGCCAAGUCGCCGAACAAGCACAACCGAAUCUACCUUGUGGCCGAGCCUAUGGACGAGGAGCUCAGCAAGGCCAUCGAGGAUGGUGUUGUUGGCCCUAAGGCCGACCCCAAGGAGCGGGCCAAGAUCUUGUGCGAGAAGUUCGAAUGGGACAAGCAGGUUGCCCAGACCAAGAUCUGGUGCUAUGGUCCUGAGACUGAUGGUGCCAACCUGGUUGUGGACUCCACCGUGGGCGUGCAGUACCUCAUCGAGAUCAAGGAGCAUGUGAACAGCGCGUUCCAGUGGGCCACCAAGGAGGGACCUCUGUGCGAGGAGAACAUGCGCGGCAUCCGCUUCAACCUGAUGGAUGUGACCCUGCACACCGAUGCAAUCCAUCGUGGCGCGGGACAGAUCAUGCCUCCCACCCGCCGUUGCUGCUUUGCUGCAGAGUUGACAGCCAAGCCUACUUUGCAGGAGCCUGUGUUCUUGGUGGAGAUCACCUGCCCACAGGAGGCCAUGAGCGGUGUCUACAACUGCAUGAACCUUCGCCGUGGCUGUGUCUUCGAAGAGAACCAGAGGGAAGGCACGCCCUUGGUCCAGGUGAAAGCGCACCUGCCAGUGUCCGAGUCCUUCGGUUUUGUUGCUGCCUUGAGGCAGGCCACCAGUGGCCAGGCUUUCCCACAGUGCGUCUUCGACCACUGGGAGAACCUCCAGGGCAACUGCCUGGAGAAAGGUAGCAAGAUGGAGGAUCUCAUCCUGGCCAUCCGCAAGCGCAAGAACCUCAAGGUGGAGAUGCCGGCCCUCGGCGACUACCUGGACAAGCUUUAA